UAAGUUGGCCCAGAGCGCUCGUAUUUGGGCUGAGAUGGCAGCGGUUAUUAAAGAGGAGACUGAGGACAUUAUACUUACAGAACCAUGCCAAAUAAAGACUGAAGAUGAUCAGGAAGAAAAAGACCUAAAAGUGGACAUUGACAAAAUUGCUGAUGUGGAGGGACAUCAAUAUCAGAAACCUAAGAAUUUGAUAACCGGAGAAAAAUCUGUCUCACAGAGUGAAAAUGAUGUUUUGCCAAAAGGGACAGAAAAAAAUCAAACCUUCAACUGUCAUUAUUGCAAUAAAAGUUUCAGACUUAAAGUGUAUCUUGCUCGCCAUGAGAGAAGUCACACUGGAGAGACUCCUUUCUCUUGUCAGCAAUGUGGAAGGAGAUUUACUCAAAAAAUAAACCUGAAAAGACAUAUGAGAAUUCACACAGGAGAGACUCCCUUUUCUUGUGAGCAAUGUGGUAAAAGAUUUACUCAAAAAAUAAACAUGGAAAGUCAUAUGAGAAUCCACACAGGAGAGACUCCUUUCACCUGCAAUGACUGUGGAAAGAGUUUCACCCAAAAAGUAUCGCUCAAUAGUCAUAUGCGAGUUCACACCGGAGAGAGACCUUUUAUUUGCCAUCAAUGUGGAAAGAGUUUUCUACAGAAAAUAUCGCUCAAUGAUCACAUGCGAAUUCACACCGGAGAGAGACCUUUUAUCUGCUAUCAAUGUGGAAAGAGUUUUAGACAGAAAUUUACGCUCAAUAGUCACGUGCUAAUUCACACCGGAGAGACUCCUUUCACCUGCAAUCACUGUGGAAAGGGUUUCAGACAAAAAUCAAUGCUUAAUAGUCACAUGCGAGUUCACACGGAAGACAGACCUUUCACCUGCCAUCAAUGUGGAAAGAGUUUUAGACGGAAAGUAACGCUCAAGUAUCACCUGCAAAUUCACACCGGAGCGAAACCUUUUAUCUGCCACCACUGUGGAAAGAGUUUUAGACAGAAAGUUACGCUCAAUAGUCACGUGCAAAUUCACACCGGACAAAGACCUUUCACCUGCCAUCACUGUGGAAAGGGUUUCAUAAAGAAAGUUAGGCUUAAUAAUCACCUAAGAGUUCACACUACAGAAAACUCUUUUAUAUGUCAUACAUGCGGGACAAGUUUCAGAAACAUGGAAGAGCUUAAUAGACACAAAGUAAAUCACACCGGGGAGCCUUUCACCUGCUGCGUGUGUGGAAUAAAAUGUGCACAUGAAGAAGUCUUAAAGAGUCACAUAAGACUUCACACUGGAGAGAAGCCUUAUGUUUGUCAUCAUCAGUGUCCGGAGACUUUUGCCUCUCUAAAAGAUCUGAGGACUCAUUUAAAAAAUCAUCAUGAAGAAAGAUUACAGGCUCCAGAAUGUGGCAAGACGUUUUUAAUGAUGAAAAAUGUCAUAAAACAUCAUCAGCUGAAUCACACUGAAGAAAAUGAAAAACAGUUAAACAAUUUAAAACAGCACCAAGAAAUCAAUUAUGUUAUACAACACCAGCAAUUUUAUACUGAAAUCAAACUUAACAAGGGUUCAGAAUUGGAGUCAGAGGUUCAGAGUCGUCCUGCUUCAGAAAUCCUGAAAACACACGAGAGUGUGCAAACUGGAGAGAAGACGUACAAUUGCUCUUCAUGUGGGAUGAAUUUCAGCACAUCAAUUUUUCUGUUUGCUCAUAAAAAAAGACAUUGUACAAAAUAGUCAAGAUGACACAACUAAUGUAUGUUCUCUUUCAACAAUGAUAGUUAAGUGUGAAGAACGGUGCACUAAUGUUAAUCUUGCUGGUAGAUAUCACAACAUCUGAAUGUGUUUAUUUUCUGUUGGUCAGAAACUAACUUUGUAAAUUAUUUACACUAAUAGUUCUUGUAGGGGUGGUUUCACAGACAGGGAUUAGCUUAAACCGGGACUAAGCCUUAGCCUAGUUUUAACAAACAUGCUUUACUAAAAACAUUACUUUUUUGUGCAUUUUAAGGCAGAAACAAAGUGCACUGAUGUAUUUUAAAAUAUGUCCGUGCAAGUCGUUUUUAGAACUUUUUUAGUUGGUUUAAAGUUAAACAAAAAGUGAAAAAAAUGGUUGUAUACGGCCUGGAGUAAUUUUUAUACUGAUCAUUAUCAAAAUUAUCACAGCUUUCCUCAUAGGUUAUUCUGUAAAGUCAUACUUGCAAAUAAGAUUAUCAAGUGACUUAAAGGAGUCAUUCUGGGGCCAUUUUAAAAAGAAACGUGGAACUGUAAAACUAUUGCAACUAGAUUAUAAUUUGUCUACUUUCCCAUAUGAAUGCUUGCUUUUUUCCCUUUGAUUGUUUUGUGAUCAGGCCAAAUAAACGUUUUUUAUAAAUGUGGUUUUUAAUGUGCUUGUUAUCUCUAAACUUUAAUCUGCCGUUUUACUUGAAUUUGUUUCAAGUUAUGUGAUGUUAUUGUGUCUCUCGGUUUCAAGAGAGGUGUCUUGUUUUUUAUAUAAUGUCUGAUUAAACAAGGCAAAUUAAAAAAAAUCUAAUUCA